CGCUCGUGCACUUGGUUUUACUUUAGUAGAAGUUGCCACUGUCCACGUUAUCUGCUUUAUAAACAGGUUUGACAGAAGUUUGCAUGCCUGGCUCUUUUGUCGGGCUGGGUGACCAGUUCUACAGGGAGGCGAUCGAACACUGUCGCAGCUACAAUGCCCGUCUCUGUGCAGAGCGCAGUGUGCGUAUGCCCUUCCUGGACUCACAGACUGGUGUGGCACAAAACAACUGCUACAUCUGGAUGGAAAAACGGCACCGCCAACCAGGCCAGGCAGCGGGACAGAUGUAUACAUACCCUGCUCGCUGCUGGAGAAAGAAGAGGCGACUCCACCCUCCCCUGGAUCCACAACUCCGCCUGUGUGAGCUUCGACUAGAAGCUGAGCUAGCCCCUAAACGUGAGGUCCCGCCAGGCGAGGCCACAGCCUUGGAGGCCCUCCUGAGGGGGGACAACGUACUGGAGAAAAAAAACAACAUCUGUAAGGAAGAGGAGACGUUGCUGGAAAUUCAGAGAGUUCUGGAAGCGGAGGAAAAUGGAGACAGUUUCCACGAUGACGAUGACUUUGAUAUGGACACUCCGAAGAGAAAGAGCAGAAACAGAGGCAAAAACAGAGGAUCCAGUCGCAGAAGGACAGAACCUGUAAACACAGAUGACCAGGACAAACCCUACGUCUGUGAUAAUAGAUACAAACAAAAGCAUAACUCAAAAAAGGCUGAAGAAGUCUGCGGAAAGCGCUACAAGAACCGGCCAGGCCUGAGCUACCACUACACCCACACCCACCUGGCAGAGGAAGAGGGUGAGGAAGAGAAGGAGACAGACAUGGCUCCAUCUCCUCCACGCUACUCAGAUAACCACAAGCCUCAGAAGGCUGCAGACGGCUCCAUCAUCCCCAACGACUACUGUGACUUCUGCCUGGGUGACCAGGACUCAAACAGAAAGACGGGCCAGGCCGAGGAGCUGGUGUCCUGCUCAGACUGUGGACGCUCCGGUCACCCCACGUGUCUGCAGUUCACUGACAACAUGAUGCAGGCGGUGAGGACGUACCAGUGGCAGUGCAUAGAGUGCAAAUCCUGCAGCCUGUGUGGCACCUCAGAGAACGACGACCAGCUGUUGUUCUGUGAUGACUGCGACAGGGGAUACCACAUGUACUGCCUUAAGCCUCCAAUGACUCAACCUCCAGAAGGGAGCUGGAGCUGUCACUUGUGUCUGGACAUGUUAAAAGACAAAGCCUCAGCAUACGGAGAAGCAUAAUCCUCACACAUUCCACACACACAUACAAACAAUAUAUCACAAGUUUCUACCUACACACUAACUGUUUGACAUGCCCACACAUUGGCAGGAAGUUUGUCUCAGAUGGUAGCAAACACACACACAGAUACAGACACUCAUUCAUACACACUCCAGUGCAUUAGCUGGCUCAGGGCAGUGUCCUGUGUGAGGCACAGAGAUGCUCGACCUCUCGUACAGCUGAGCAUAACUCCAGAUGGAAACAGCUCCAACAUGCGAUCUGUGCCAUAAGUCAUCGAACACCAGGCCUGCCAUUCAGUCAUUUCUCUACCUCACCACUCAGCUGACGGCAAAACGCCAAAGCAACAUUUGUAACGGCCAACACUGUGUAGUACAUAUGUUUGUGAAGUACAUACCAACUUAAACCAAACAUGGGUUUUUUUCACGACUGAAAUUAAUUUGAGUUUGAGUUGGAGGAGAUUUUUCUGAAGCUGUGCAAGCUCCACAGAGAGGGAACCUAAAUGGUUUUGACUGAUGUUUGUUUAAAUUCCCCCUCCCAGCUCUCCUCCUCUCCUGUGUUUACACUCUACAGUGACAUUCCUGUUUUAUCUCCGCACAGACUCUAUGCUAGUUAUGCUAUAAUUCACAGGUUUUGUCAAGCUUGGUGAAAGUUAUAUUCCAGUGCUAAGGGGAUGCGAAGCAGCUGGAAUAUCAUUUCUGUAAGAGCCUGAUGACAUUUUUAAUACACAUCUGUGUUUUGUAUCUUUGCAGGUUACUAUGGUGCUAAAUUUGACACUUUGCUAAAUAUUAACAUGUUUUUCAUGGAAAAAAUUAUUUAUUUUUUGUUUAGAUUGCUCAAAUUUUACUGUCAUUGAGAUCAUUGUUAAUGUAAAUCAGUGGUUCCCAAACAUAUUAUGGGAUAAUUCCCAAAAGCCGAAAAAAUGGCUCUGCGCCUUUCUGAUCUCAUCAGAACACUUAAUGAAAUAUUUUUCUAUUAACUCGUAAAAAAGAAAAUGGGGACGCAAGUAAUAAAGAAAUAUGAAAGAUAUCAAAAUAUGAUACUUUAAUAACAAUAAGAACAUACAAAGCUUCUUGAAUUUCAGUCAAAGUUCAUAUUUUCAGCUGCCUGUUAUUCACACAUUUACAGUAUUUUGAAUCUGAUGGCAUUGAAGAAAUACUCUUCUCCAACCUUUUCAUAUGUAGGUACAUUGUUCACUGACUUUUUUUACUGCAAAUACUCUUUCAUAUCAGGGAAAGCACAGUUGGAACAAUUAAAUUCAGUAGUUACUAUCAAACAAGUCAAUAUUUUACUCAGCUAAAGCUGCUAGCCUGAAAAGCUUUCUCACACAAUAGUGUUUACAAGGAUAUCAGUACCAGACUAAUGUAUCAUUUUAGCUAUUUUUAACCCUCCUGUUAUGUUUGUUUCUCAGUAACAGCAAUAAUGUUCCUGGUUCAAUUUGGCCCGAAGCAUAUUUAAUUAUCCAGAAGUGUCAGAACCCCCAAAAAAUCCCAAUACACAUUUUUUAAAUCUAAUUUUUAACUCUAUUACUACCCAUUUAAAUCAAUAUUUAGUGCAAUGGUGUUCUUUAACUGUCACAGAUCAUGGUUCAAUGAAGAUAACUCACUUGUUUUUCAUGAAAAUUCAUGUUCAAACUUUUUUAAAUGUACAUUGGAAGGCCUAAAUAUAAAUACAAUAGUUUUACAUGACAUACAUUUUUGUUUAUUUAAUACUACAUUUAAUUUUUUUUCUUUUUAUUAAGUGAUAUUGAUAAAUUGAAACGACUCCUCUUCAGUCACAUGCCGCACAGAUUUUUAUGCUGCAUUUAGCUACUUUGGAAGGCACAUAUUGCCAAAAAUGGACUUUAAAAAGGGUCAAUUUGACCCGUAACAUACCAGGAGGGUUAAAACAGUAAUCAUUACAUAAGCUCCAUAUUACCAAGACAUUAGCUUCUGGUUUUGUUGGCCAACGUUAGCUGCUUUCAUUAACCUAAGUUAGCUGCCUAGCUAAUAAACGCUAGCUAAGUAAACUGGUAAAGUCCAAAAAAGGAUUCUCCAACUGACUUUUUAAUGUCUCUACUGUACACAUUUUAAACAAAAUCUCUGUGUAAGGAUCUUUAAGAGCAACACAUCCUGGCUGUUGAGGUGAUACAGCUCAAUUUAAAGCUAAAAAUCAGUUCUUCAUGUCUCAUCUAAGGCUAAAAUUGCCCCAUAUCCCCAGCUAAAGGUCUACUGUCUGGCCAAUUGAUACAGACACAAUUGAAUAGCAAUCUUAUUACAAAAGGUACUACUGCCAGCCCUGUUUUCAUAGUAUAGAUGUUUCUGUGAUAACAUUGUAUUGCCUUCUUGUAAAACAUCCCAAAUAACAACAUGGUUUGGAGGUAGGAUUAGUUUGAUUCUAGUUAAAAGCUGUAGGUGGCAAACUAGCUAGCCACACAUUGUCAUUUGCUUUGAACCCUUGUACAUUUGGAUUCAUGAAGAUUUUACUGUUUUUUAAUUUUUUCCCCCAACACUUAGAACCUUUUUGGUACAAAGUAAAGCUUGGGGAGGGCUUUAGUGAAGGAUGAAUUGUCAAAGUUAUGAUUUGAACUUUUGAUGAACAAUACUUCAUGAUGAGCAGCAAAAUAUAAUUUGUAGUUCAAUUCUAAAUCUCACCAUGUGUGUAACCCCCUGAGAUACCUUUUUCACAACUCCUGUAAUUAAACACUUGCUUUGUGUUUAUCAUCAACCCUUAAUUCACACACUUGUGGACCAGCCGUACAGGGAAUAAUAACGUGUCCUGAGUAAACAGUAUUUAAUGGUGAGUCCUGUCUGGAAGUUGUCACAGGUUUGUCAUGCAGUUAAAACCAGUUUAUAUUUUGGAUAUUUACCAUUUUUGUAAACUGUUAAAUUUGUUUCAGAGUAUGUUAAUUAUUUAAACCCCUUCAGUGAAAUGUAUUUUACUGACCUAAAUUUUAGUUUGAUAACUCAAUGCUCUUUAAAGACACUGAUCGUGAAGAGGACAAUGUGAAGAUUUCAAACUCUAGAUGUCCCUCAAUCUACACAUUGUAUAAAAGCCUUGACAGGAUAUCACAAAUUGCAUUUGUAUGUUUUGGGUUUUUUUUAAAUUGUGAGUUUGUGUUUGAUAUUGCUUUUCCACUGACAAUCAUGAGCUAGCAUAGAUACAGUACAUGUUGUUAAUAAUAUGCAGAGUUUUUUUUAUUGUGCUAUUUCAUGCCGAGUUUAAUGACCCUUUGUGUCUUCCUUAUAAAAAUGUUUUGCAUUUAAUUCUCAUUUGAUGCCAUUGUCCAUGGUAAUUCAAAGUGUGUGUUGUGUUUUGUAAAUGUUAUGUUUUGUGAUAAAAUAAAGACUUUACAUACACCUUUUUGCCAGCAUGUCUGGUUUCCCACUCUUAGAUUGUUUGGGUUAUUUUCUUGUAAUUCAGUUCAGGACAUCUUCAUUCAAAUACUGAUAGGAGAAGAAGUUUGAUAAGGAUCAAUUAUAAUCUGAUGGGCAAACAAGCCAUCAUUUUCCUCAUACCUUCUAUCUGCUGGUGUAUUGAUGAUCUGCACAGAAUUACAAUAAAGACAGCAAAUCAUCUCAGAUUUCAUUUUCAGUUUUUACAGUUGUGUAACUGUUAAGUGAAUGUAUUUUGUCAAACCUGUCAUGGAUACUUAAUAAAACCUUUUACAUUUCAGCGAC